AGACAUGAAAGUGGCACAUGCAGAGUGUGGCGAUGGAGACAGCAGCAAUGGGAGGCCGUACAGCACCUAUGACAAAAUGGAACCACCAGCAGUGUGAGGACUGGAGACCUGAAAGUGGCACAUGGCAGAGUGUGGCGAUGGAGACAGCAGCAGCAAUGGGAGGCUCGUACAGGGACCCAUGACAGAUUAUGGACUCUGGCAGCAGCAUGAGGAGGCGGGGUACAGGGGCCCAUGACAGAUUACUGGCUGGCAGCCGCAAUGGGAGGCCGUAAUUGCCAGCACCCUAUGACAAAUGGAACCCACCCGCAGUGUGAGGAGACCUGUGAAAGUUGGCACAU